GGGCCCCACGAGGAGCAGCCGCGUUGCCCUUUUAACGGUUUCCCGGCCUCGCCAUUUCCUGGGGGCUGUCACUGGGGCGACUUCCUCCGCGGGCGUACACUUCCUCGAUCAACGGGCCGGCGGAGAGCGGAGGCGAUGCGAGGUUGUUGACGUGCUGAAGGAGACUUGGAAAUGCAGAGCAUCAAGUGUGUGGUGGUGGGUGACGGAGCAGUGGGCAAGACUUGCCUGCUGAUCUGUUACACGACCAAUGCCUUUCCCAAGGAGUACAUCCCGACCGUGUUCGACAACUACAGCGCACAGAUCACGGUGGACUCUCGGACUGUCAGCCUCAACCUGUGGGACACAGCCGGCCAGGAGGAGUACGACCGGCUGCGGACAUUAUCCUACCCCCAGACCAACGUCUUCAUUAUCUGCUUCUCCAUUGCCAGUCCCCCAUCCUAUGAGAAUGUGCGCCACAAGUGGUACCCCGAGGUGACCCACCACUGUCCUGACGUGCCCAUGCUGUUGGUGGGCACCAAGAAGGAUCUACGUAGUGACCCCGAGACCAUCAGGAAGCUGAAAGAGCAGAGCCUGGCGCCCAUAUCACAACACCAGGGGAGCGGCUUGGCUAAGCAGAUCCAGGCCGUCAAGUACUUGGAGUGUUCUGCUCUGAACCAGGACGGCAUCAAGGAUGUCUUCGCCGAGGCUGUGCGUGCUGUCAUCAACCCCACCCCUAUCAAGACCAAGAAGUCUUGCGUGCUCUUGUGAGGAAGGACUGCACUCCCCUCGGCCUCUCUUCCCUCAACUCCUCUCUCCCUUUCCUUUCCAUUCUCUCUCCUUUACCCCUCUGCUCUCACAUCCACCCUCCCUCCCCUUCCCCCCUCACCCUCUCACAGGACCCUGCUCAGAAGGACCUUGGACCUGUGAGGGCUUGGUUUUGGAGAAAGGAUAGCAAGUUCUUUCUCCACUGCUCUUCCUCUGUCCCUGUCCCGAGUUCCUGUCUGUCAGUGUGUCAACUUCGGGGGCUUUAGGCUGAUGUACCCAUGGGAGGAGGGUGUGUCCAGGUGUCCCACACUGUGACGGAGAGUCGAGGAACACCGUAUACCUGCUCUGUGAUGUCCAGUCGGAGAGGCCAGCACUCUCCCCGACCCUGGGCACCCUAUGGCAGGCCCCUGCCAGUCCGAGAGAGGUCAGAGGGUAGGGAUGCCCCAGGGUCUGCUCACAGCUCUCUUGGAGAAUUGUACCAUUCCCGGCAAAGAGUCGUGGAAGAGGGACUGUGGGUCGGGAGAGUGUGUGUGUAACCCGGAUGGGGAUGCACCAUCCCUUGGACUGCCCCACCCAGGGUAAUUCCCUCUCGGUCCCCCAACCCCAGGGUAAUGCCCUGCCCUAGGUUCCUCUCCCUUGGCUCACCGUCCCCUGCAUCUGUGCCCACACCCAGGGCAGCGGCUCUCAAAACUGCUCCUGAAUGCAGCCCCCACCCCCCCCCCCCCCGAACUGGGAGCUCUCUGGGAUGUCUGGGACUUGUCUGCCUCGGCCCUACAUCCUCACCAUCGCUCCCUCCCUUCCCUCCCACCCCGGGACAACUUUCUCCAGCAUGGACUGAAGGACCCAUCCCCAUAGUGAUACGGUGGGGGAGCAUCUGGCCCUCCCAGGAACAUUGUGACCCUCCCCUUCAAUCUGGGGAUCCCCACCCCCCACCACCUCCCCCUUCUACGUCACAGCAGCCUUGAUCUACCGUGUUACUUGCCUCUGUGGAGCCACAGGAAGGCAGGGGCUUUGUUAUGGAUUCCCUUUCCCAGGGUGACCCCUCCACCUUCUCCUCAGGCCUCGGCCCACCGCUUGAAGCUGAGUUCGGGUCCCUGGGGUGAGUCCUGAGAUUCACCCCCCCACCCACUGCUGAACAGUGAGCUUUUUUUUACUAAAGAAUGAAGUGUAUUGCCUCACCCCGGGGUGUCACAGAGGCGUCUGCCCGUGUAACCCCCCGUGAGGGUGCCUCUUGCUGCAGCAACUUGUCUAACCAUGGUCAGCUAAUAAAAUUUGUGUUUCACGG